AUGGAAAAUAAAGAAUUAUUAUUACAAUUAAUUAAAAAAUUAGAAAGUGGAGAGUUGGUUCUUAAAAAUAACGCUAAACAAUUUUAUAGAGGAAGUGGAGACGAAAAAGAACACUUCUACCGAGAAAAAGGAAUUAAAUGUUGGGUUAAAGAUUGUCAAAACAAAGUCCUAAUUGAAAAGGCAGAUCACGAGAAAUUAAAACUUCAAUGCCAAGAAAAACAUACUCGAAUAGUUUGUAAAAAAUGUAGCAAAUCAGAUUACAUUCAUCAGUUAGAAGAUGGAAAUGUAAAAAUUUGCCUAGAAUGUUUGGAAAAGGUGUUUACUGAAAAACAUGGGGUUAGUUAUAAACAAUUCCGAUUGGAUAAAAGUAGCGAAAAGAAGUUUAUUCGGUUAAAUGAAUAUUGUAAAAUAAAGUUUGAUUUCAGAGAAAACCUUGAUAAAUUCAAAGGAGAUGAUGAUAAUGGAGAGGUUUACGGAAAUGUUAAUUAUUCUGUAAAAUAUUCUCCUUAUGGUUCUCGUUUAGAAUUUGGAAAUUCUUUUUCUGCUAAAAAAGUAUUGGAGAACCAAAAAGAAAUCAAAAAUUCUCCAGACUUCUACCAGCAAGCCCCCUUUUUAACUAUUGCGGAGGAUUUAUUGAAGUUAAUAAAGGAAGAUAAAGUAGAUAGGUUAAUAUUUUUAAGUGCUUACGAUAAAAGGAAGUUUCCUAAUGGUGAUGAUAGAAAAAUAAAAAUAUUCGGAGAAACUUUUGGUAAAGUGGUUGGCGGUUCUACUGAUAACAAUGAAGAUACUGCUGAAGGUCUACUUUGUGCUAUGAAAUUAAUCCCUUUUGAAAUGAUUGAUGAUAAUCCUAAUAUUUGUAAGGGGGUAAUGAAACUAAACGACACUAUUAGAAAAAAUGAAGUAGUCAGUAAGGAGUUGGAAGAAGAAAUAUCCGAGGUUUUAGAAAAAGAAGAUUGUGAUUUCUGUGGUAGGAAGGUAGAAAGAAAAGACCUAAUGGGAUUUUGCCACGAAAACCUUAAUCCUAUUUAUGGCAUUCAGCAACCAAUAAGUGAAGAUUUUGUUUAUCUUUAUGAAGAAGACAAAAUUAAAGUUCUUACCCCUUGCUAUCUAGCAACAGAAAGUCAGCAUCAUGAAGAAGUAAUAUUGGUUAAGCAAGAAGUUAACAAAUUAAGCAAGAUGAAUUCAGAGAAACAGAAAAUAGAAUAUUUGGUUAAGCAACCCCCUAGCAAAUUUCGAGCAGAGAUAGAUAUGGAUGAAAUAAUCGAGAAAACUGGUGAUGCUGAAACUGCUGAUAAUAAAGAAAUAAUUAUUAAAGAUUAUUCGGAAGCUAAAACAACUUUUAUUGGUCUUCCUUUGCUUCUAGUAUUAGGAAUAAUUACUUACUUUGUCUUCUUUCGCUAUUCGGAAAAAGAAGAAGAAACAGCAGUUGUGGACUAUGUUGGAUUUCUCACGACACCCACAGAUAAUACCCUAGUCGGUGGCAACUGUCGGCAUGUUUUAAAAGUUCUAAGGGCAAGGAACAGUGAGCAUGCCUUAAAAAGGAUUUCCAACCUUGACGAAGGGCAAAUAAAUCUGAAUUUAUUCAGAGGUUUUAUAAACAAAUAUGUGUUUAAUCCUCUUGCCUAUUCUACUCCGAAUAUGGCAUUUCUUGGGUCUUCUCAAGAAAUAUUAAACUAG